AUAACCUCAUAUUUAAGAUAAGAGUCCUUAAAACAUAUUCGAAUCAAAAUUCUUUCAGUGAUAAGUCGUUCAGUUUGGGCACCUGUUUGACCGAAACUAUUAAAUGUGAAGGUUGUUUAGACUUAUAGGUUAACGACCUCCCGAAGUGAUUUCGGAACUCAUAUUAUGUUUGAACUUACUAAUAUACAUGAAUACAUAUACCUCGUUAAGAGAAAAUACAUUUCCGUUUUUUAUUUACCAAGUAGCGGUCCUGAAGUUCACACCUACAUUAAUACGACAUAAAUGCAAAAGCCCUUUGCUGUAACACAUAGUGAUCUUCAGGAUAUUCUGCAAGAAUUUAUUGAUGAGUUAGUUGACUCAUGUUUGAUGGAUGGAAUUUUAACAAUGCAUCGUGCAAUAAAAUUAGGAUAUUUCCAUAUUAUUGCUCCUGAACAAAAUACAAACUUGUCGGAUAAUCUUGGCAAUGGUUCUUCAAAUUCAGGCUCUGGCAGAGACCCUAGCAAAACUGCUAGUUGCUGUCGAUGUGGGAAGUGUAAUUGUAAGGUUGCUGCCACACGUUAUGCUGUCCACUUAUCUAAUUGUAUGGGAUUAGGAAGAAACAGUUCAAGAAGAGCCAACAAGCGCAUAGCAGAACAACAGCGUUUAGAAGAUGAUGAUACCGAAACCGAGGAGAAUUUUUUGGAGUCAUCUUCGGGAGACAUGAUCUCGUACAAGAACUCAGCAACCUCAUCUGACCAACUGGAAUGCAAAUAUUCUAACGGAACAGUUAAUAAUCAUCGAUCACCCUUAAAACUGACAAUCUCUUUGGUACCGGGUUCUGGGAAGCUAGAUCACUCUUCCAAACAUUCAAAUAGACAACCUGACCCAACGGCUGGUGGUAAUGAAUACAGCUGUCUGGAUGGAAAUAAUUCAUUAAAAAAUUCCCAGAGCUCACAUCUUAAAUCAAGCUUACCGACUGUAGUGAGUGAAUCCAGCACUUGAUAGGAAGUUGGAACGACUCUGUCUAUUAGAUGAAAUUUAUGUGAAGCAUCAAGAUCAUUACCUUUUGACUACAUUUUACAAUAUGAAGUUUGUAAAUAAAAAGUAUUCUGUGAUUUUAUCCUGAAGUCUUCCUAUAACUUUUUUAGUGAUUUUUUUAUGAUAUGAACUUAUUAUUUAAAGAAAAUUAGACACUUAGUUACAUUUCCCUGUUUCAAAGCCUAUUUAUAUUCCCA